AGGCCAUGGUGACGUUUGCCCAAAUUAGGCAUGUCGUUGAAUCGGCAUGUGACAAUGCGUUAGCUUCUACCCACAUCAGGCGAUGCGCUGAAUAGCGGGCAGAAACGCGUGCCGAAAUGCAAGAAAAAUAAUGCAGCGCGCCAAUUCGGCAGGCAUAAUUGUGCAUGCGAGCGUUGUUGCCAAAUAAGGUGAAGUGCUAUAUUUCCAAAUGAGGUGGUGCUGAUGUGGCAGCGGACAUGGGCCAGAUCAAGCGGAAGCCGAAAUGCAAAAGAAAACAGCGCACCAAUCCGGCGGUCGCAAAUGUGCAAGCUGGCGCCAGAUCAGGCGAGGGGUCCGUCUCAGGCGGCGUGCGCAAUUUUUUUGGUCAAUCUAACAUGGCCUGCCCGAACAUGAGCUCACGGCUGAUUUCUUUGGCCGGCGACCAUGCAUGGAGCGCAGCCGCUAUUUACAAGACUCUUGAGACAGCUUCGCAGCGCUCUCGCUCUCAGAGCAGCUUGGCACGCUUUGAAAUCCGAUUCUUGAAUUGUAGAGGGCCAGAGGCAGAACAAGAGACACCUCUUUUCACGUGGUGGGCCCCAGUUCAGUCAGCCCAAGUUUAUUAUCGUUUCAAUGCCCAUUGUACAGCCAGGUUGGUUUCUCCUUGUGUUCAGUGAGGAAGCCCUCAAACAUGCGAGUCUGAGGAUCAGUCAGCUAUGUUGAGCCCCUGCGGCCAGUCACCCUAAUUUCAGAUUCUUGCCCCAUACUUGGGCUAUCAGCCCCGCUUGCCUUUGAAAAGUCAAAUGCGGGAAUUUAUUUGGGUGAUUUGCCCUAUCUAUGGUGUGUGCUUUUACCUGCAUGCUGGAAUGAAUUGAAGACAGUUGCCGCCAAAUGCAAUCUAGCAAUUUGCGCGUAACGUAGCAAACUCAGAGGCUGUACAGCACUUAUGUAGGACGGUGGCAAUAGGGAGUGUAUCCUGCACUUGCGUUUCACCUGCGCAGUAUCAAACAUUUUUCCCAGGGUGACUUACCUGGUGGUACAUAUUGAUGGCAGAAUGGAGUACAUAAGAAAUCUGAAGUAUCAGUGAGCCCGCUGUAACCUGGCAGGCUGGGAGCUAGCUGCUGCAACUGAUGUGGCAAGCAAGCAUCCAUGCUGCCUUGUUUAUUGAAUGAGGCUAUAAUGCUGCGUUGGGAUAUUUGCAGUGAUCAGUACAAGAGGCGUGCCCUGUUUCCAUGCGAUGUAUAGGCAUGCAUAUAGGCAUGCAUGGUUCAAGAGUCAGGCAGCCCUUGUGUCAUUGAUUGCCUCUCUCCAAUGUGGCCUCAGUGUUUACAGGACUAGGAUGUAAAUAAGUUCUGAAAAUCAAUAGGGGUAAUUGAAGAACACUGUUCUCAACGUUGCUCUUUAAUGACCCCUUAAUAUAUGACUUGGCAUGUGCUGUGUCUAACGGUCAUUAACGGUCAAAUUUUGCUAGAUUUUUUAUUAUGGCACCGAUUUCCAUGACAAGCCAAAGCCAGGUACCAAGGCUUGGUCACAGCCAACCUUAUAACCUUCAAUUCUUGGACUUGUAUGACACACUGAAUAACAAUCAAUUCAUGCAUGAGGAGACACAGUCCAUACUAACCCUAAAGAAAUUCCCUUGGCCCCUAAAAUCAACUCACCCAUGCGAUACAAUGCAACGGGACAGCUGGACAAUCUUUUGCAGCUUCAUAUGAUGCAUUCCCAAUUCUCAGUCUUUGAGGAUGAAAAUGCCUGCAUUGCACGCAACGUAGUAAACAUGUGUCAUUGUUUUGUGCACUCUGCGUAGUCUUGAUCAGGAGCUCAAGCUCUUGAAGGGGUACGCACCCGGGGCACAAUGCUUCCGCUAUAAGACAGCAUAGGAAUGUGAAAUAAACCCAGGCAAUCAGAAGCACAUCAAAUGCAAAACCAUAGUAACCAUCCGUGACUUCAUUACUUCAUUAUCCUUGCCAGAUGGCACCAGGGUGUUUCUGGCAAUCGAAUAUACCAUCCCUGCGCACUGUACAGGUGCCAGCCACUAUCAUUGAUCAAAUUUCUCAGCACAGCACUGCGCUUGGAAACAAACUCCGUCUAAAACCCCUUUUCGCAAUUUUGAAUCCUCGAUUUCGUCCCCUUUCAUCGUGUCCUUCAAACAUACAUCGCCCAGUAUUGUGUCAUCCCACCCGGCAUAGGCUCUCCGCUCCACGUCAGCCCUCG